AUGUCCUCUAUCACCCCCUCUAAUUUCGCCCCACUCCUCCCAGUCCACAAUCUCAUCUUCACCGAACUCCUCGCCUCUGCCCCAUCCUCUGUCAUCGCCCUCUGCUCUUCAGCCUACGAACGGGCUGCCCCCGUGCUGUAUACCGAUAUACACUCUUCGCCAGGCGUCUUCAGAGGUCUACAGGAGGAGAAGGCAUAUGGUAGAACGAUCGAGGCUUUGAGGCAUACCAAGACUCUGAGCGUCGGUGGCUCUGAGAGUUUUGAAACGCUCUAUGAGCUCGCUGGUCCCGAGCCCAGGGGGCAUUGCUGCCCUAUGUGUGCCCCAUUUCGGAUUGUUCCCACCAACCCCAGCAAUAUGUCUUCACCCUACUCCCGCGUAUACAACAACCUCUUCCCGAACCUUGAGCGCCUCGAGCUCGGUUUUGGUUCGCUCAAGGCCUCGGCGUAUCACUACGAUUGCUUCGACUCUGUCCCAUCAGAAGAAGACCCACUUUUUGCAGGAGGUAGCCGGGACAGUAUUGUGCGCCAGGUUGCAAGGCUCAUGCCUUACAAUCUGAAGGAAAUUGUCUUUCAUCUGGAUGAGGACGAAGCGGAUUAUUGGUAUGAGGUCGACAGCCACCUCUGUAACCAACGGCCUCGAGAAGCUAUCAUCUUCCUCAAAGGGACAGUCAAAGGUCAAGAGCGGGACGACAAUCGUCCGCUGUGCCCCGAGUCGGAGGCGAAGAGGACGACUUUUGGUCGGCUUGGGGAGCGGCUGCCGCUUGAAUGGGACAAUGGCGUCCGUCUGCGCGUUUUUGUGGAGACGAGAGAACCUUGGGAGUCGCUCAAUGCCCGAGAGCUUCGGGGGUACAUCAUCUCGAUGGGGAUGGCACUGGUCCGAUAUGUCUUACUUGACAGCCAUCAAAGAGGCCGGUGGUAUUGGGAUGGAAGCGGUGUGCAGGUGGGCCAUCCUGUGGGCUCAUAUGAUCUGGACUGGUCGAGCGAUUCGGAUUCGGAUACUGAAUCAGACGACUCGGACGAUUCGGACGUUGCUGGCGAUUCAGAUGACUUCGAGGAACCAGCCCACUUAUCCCACUCAUCCCACUCAGAGGACUCGGAGGACUCGGAGGACUCGGACGGCUCAGACGGCUCGGAUGAGUCAAGCGAUUCCGGUAAUUCCGACGAUUCCGAAGAUGAAAAGGGCCAAGUAGGACUCCACUUUGCUCAAGCUAUUCAGAGCCAAGAUGUCCAAGAACAUGGAGACGCCAAUGCUGGAGGAGCCAACGAUAGGGCGGGCAAUGAUCACGGUAGAGAGAAUGGUGCUGGCGAUGAACGGGAUGGCGCUGUGAAUGAAGUGGACGAGGAAGAACAGGUCUUUCAAAUCGAGAUCUUCCUUCCCCUUUUACACCAAGUGCUGGCGCAGAUGCCAGCCAAUCAUCGAAUACUGGUGGACGCGAUGGUGGGAGAGGGAAGACUGGUGUUGCGGGAGUAUGAUGUGAAGGAGGUAGAGAAGCUGGGUGACUUGAGGUUGCGUUGGUAG